AUGCUAACUCAUCGCCGGGAGGAGACUGAUCACACACGCAUCCAUGUGCAGCAGCAGAGCGCGGAGAUGAAUAAGGAAAAUAUGAGGGGAGGGUUGCGCUUGAAUGCACACAGACGGCGCUCACCCAGCAGAGAUGAACUGGAAGGGCAUGAUGACGCUCACCCGCCGAAUCCACGUGCAGAUUUAUUUUGGCGACUUGCUUUAGUCAUUGUGUUGUCUUUAACACUGGUUUCUGUUGGUACGCUGUUUUUUAUUAAUGGUUUCUUCCUCUCAAGAGGUGAUUUGCCGUACAUCAGCAAUGGACGCGAGUUGCCGUUCCCUCCACUGUUCCCUCAUUUGGAUCCAGCUAAGCUCGACCUUAACGAAGAUGAAGGAAUCUACUAUAUCGCGAACACGCCAGGAACUCCACGAGCUGUUCCUGCAUCGCCCAAACAGGGCGAUUCUCUUACUCCUGUCCCGAUAGCGCUGCACUUGAAGGACUUUCUAGAUCCAAAUGUCGACUUAGCUUCUACUGAGCCUGAAGCAUGUUUGGAGGGGUCCUGUCAGUCGUCUUGGGUAUCUGUGACGCCAUAUGACCGCGUUUUUAUUCUUUUAGUGGACGCCAUGCGAUUUGACUUCUUGCUGUGGGACCCUGAGGCGUCCAAUGCUUGUGGAGACGACGCAUCAGCCGAGUGUGCUGCAGCACCUCCAGGGUUCCGUCCUUUCUACAGAAAUCGAUUGCCGUUUGUUCAUGACAUCCUCCGUCGAACGGAUGCAGACUUGAAACACUUUUUGUGUAGCGUGCUGGGGCUAGAACUGCCGCCCGAACGGGAAUUGGGGAACGGAAGGCCUUUAGUGCGAAAUGGCCAAAGCUCCGACCCCGUGGAACCGCAUUUAAAUUCAAAGGAAGUGUCAUCUACGCCAGACUGGGGGGGAAAUCACUUUGCACGACUCUACGUCUUUGAAGCAGACCCGCCAACUGCCACUACCCAACGUGUGACUGGCCUUGCCACAGGCAGCAUGCCCAGUUUCUUCAGCGUUAGAGAGACGUUCUCGGCCUCGGCCGUCACUGUUGAUAGCAUCAUGCUGCAGCUGAAAGCAUCAAGGAAGACAUCCGUUGCUCUCGGAGACGACACUUGGGGUCGAUUGUUCGGUCAUCUUCUGACUCGCAUGCACCUGUUCCCCUCACUCAAUAUUCAGGAUUUGCAUACGGUUGAUGAUGGAGUUGCCGCUAGUCUUCCAAGGGAAUUCGCGAAGGAGGACUGGGCAUUCCUUGUUGGUCACACUCUAGGCGUUGACCAUGUGGGCCACGCGGCGGUUCUCGAUUCCGAGCUGAUGCAGAAGAAGUUGACGGAAGUAAACAGCAUGCUUAAAGAUGCGCUGAAAUUGGUCCUUAUGCAACAGCCGAAUUCGAAAUCUGCGGCUUCUGAGAACACGCUUUUUCUCGUUUUUGGAGACCAUGGAAUGACAGAAACUGGGUCUCACGGAGGUGGAAGCAGCGAAGAAGUUGAGGCUGGUCUUUUGUCAUUUUCGACGCUGCCGGCUAUUUUGAGUCCCCGAACUGCACAGAUGCUAUUUCCUGGCACUCGGCUAUUUGAAGGCCGUCUGCCGGCAUACUUGCAAAAUCACGGUGCGCUUCGUGAUAAUAAUGCGCGCCGCAGGGUCGGACUGUCAGCUCAGUCAGCUUCUCCUACACCAAUUCUGGGCUACGGGUCACUUCGCGUGCGACAGGUUGGCCUGGCGCCAACUUUGUCCCUACUUUUGGGUCUUCCGAUUCCAUUUAAUUCCAUGGGAAGGGUUAUCGCAGAUCUUGUUCCUCGUGUUGCAAGCUUUGUGAAGGAGUGUGCCCCUGCGCGUGAGGGUGAAUCUCUCAGCCUUCACGCGUGUGAAACGAAUAGGGACAAGUCAUGCGGUUCGGCGUUAGCAAGUGAAGCAGUAACGGCGCGGGCGAUUCGUUGCAGCGACUUGGCCUACCUGACUCAGCUCCAUCAUAUUGCAGCGUGGCAGCAACAUCGAGCCAUCCUGAGUCAUGCAAAACUUACACGUAACGAUGCAGUUCUGACAGAUCCACUGUUUGUCGGAGCAAAAGCCAAGUGGCUCCGGCUGUAUGCUGCACUUGACAAGGAGGUCAAGUCUCUCCCUGCAGCAGCACACGCGCCUGUGAAUGCAGGGACGUUGAUACCUGAAUCCAGGCCUGCUGACUUGCAUCUCACUCUGCCUUUGUCAAGUAUUGGCUCUGAGAUGGCCGAGACAGAGCUCAUUUCGCGCAGAUCAAAGCUGUUAGAAGCACGUGUGGUCGGGGAGGAAAGGAGCGGCGGGGAAAAUUCAGAGAGAGAGGCAGCGGCGGAAGGGGCUUCAGGCGCCGCCUCCAUUUUACCUUCAUUAGUUCCUUACCUCCUGGCGUCAGCAGCCUUUUCACAAGAGGCCUGGCAAGCCAGUGUGCGCCAGCUGUGCACAUUCAAUAUGACGCUGAUGAUAUGCGGAACAUUAAUUGGACUUAGCAGUCUCCUUAUUUUGGCAUGUGCAUUUCUUGCGCUCCAUAAAGCACGUGACGGUGGCCUCAAUGACGCCGCAAACGUCUUGACUGACCGUGGACUUCCUGAGCUAGCCGCUAUUGCACGGUGGCUGUUCGCCAGUGCUUGCAUUGGGGGAGCGACGUGGAUAGCGGGGUGGGCAUGUGCGGGAAUAUACAAGGGCCUGUUGCCAGAUUCAGCGGCUGCGGUGGACGUCUUUGUGUGGCGUCAGCUCCCACUGGUCUGCGUGACUGGCUUACUGUGCUCGGUUGUUGCUCCAUUCGCCCCGGUGCUUCUUCCGGUCUGUCGAUGUAUCCGCAAAUUAGUUGGCCGAUUGCCACAUGCAGAAGCCGAGCAUCUUAUGCACGAUGGAAAGGAUAAGAAAGGCCUAGGCGCAUUGCUAUCGAAGGACCUGUGCUUCACCCGCUUGUGGCUACGUCUUUUCAGUCGCGGGACGUUGCUCUGCUACAUUUCAGUGUUCGCGCUGUGCAUUGUGCCCUUUAGCGAUUGCUUUGUUGACAGAGAGUGCAGCAUUGUCAAGUACCUCAUCGGCACUUACUGUCUUUCGGCUGGAAUUACGGUAUUCAAAACGCCUUCUGUGAUGCGGGAGAAAAUGCAGAUUGUUGCCGCAUGUGCCGCCCUUCUGCUGUGCGUAAGGAUGAGCAGCGCAUUCGACCCUUUUGCGUCUCCACGGGAGCAGGCGGGCAAGAAGGACUGGCCUUUGGAAGCUGAUUCAACGAGCGCCAGCGCUUUCAUUAUGUUCUGUAUAUUUUGUGUUGUUGGGAUGAGGCAUGUGCCCCUCCUGUCGUCAUUGCUUCGAUCUGGAAAGUUAGAUGGCCGUCAGCGGAUCGUUGAAGAGCGUGUCAGGUUCCAAAUUGCCAGCUUUCAGCCACUGAGAGGGAAUAAGAAAGGAAGGUUGUGCACUUUAGAGAGAACGGCAUUUCUUCUUCUGGGAGCGGUUGCUGUGGUCUGGUUUGCGUUUUCUAGCGACACGAAGUCACAGAAUCCAGCACUUCCCCCAGCUCCCCAAGUUUCUGAGCAUGCAGAUAUGUGGAGUGAUCUUUGUCACAGUGCAGUGGCGCUCUUGUGGACUGUCAUCUUGACACCUUUUAAAUACUUCGACGCCGCCGGUGCUUCUUGUUUAAGUUUGAUUACGCCUCCGGAUCCGUGGCUUUUCAAGCCGCCACGUUGGUUGCGAGGGGCUAUCCCAGCCCAACUGAUGGAAGAUGAUUUAGUCAAAUUAGUCCCACUGUUGAAGGUAUCCUUGCCAUGGUUCGUCUACUUCUUCACCGCAGGGCUUUGGCUGCGGUUAGCGCUUGUUUUAUGCCACUUGAAGAAGCGCGAAAACAAGCUUAGCGUGCAGCAGCUUUGCCAUGUGGAAGCGGAACAGACGGCUGCGGGAGAUGAAAUGCCAGACUUGGCUGAUGUUGGUUUUGCGUUACAUCGCAACAGGAGGGAGAAGGAAAUGGCUUUUCGUUUGUGGCGCGUAGAAUUUUUUGAGUACUUUUCAUAUUACCUGCUCCUCAUAGCCGUGUCCCCAAUAUGCAUGUUUGCUGUUCUUCUUGGGAGAGCGCGGCUGGUCCCUCUUUUGCUAUUCUGUAUAAAGUGGCGCCUGUUUCUGUUCUUGAGCCGAAUUCGCAUUGUGCAACGGCCCUUAAACUCCCACCAGGUUCACAAGUGCUGCAUCUGUUCCUCGAGAUGCUCGCCCUCCACGACUUCGGAUGCCAACACCCCUCACACUGCUUGCGGGUGUGAAGUACCGGGCGACAAGCAAGGACAAGGGCAGUUUCUUCUGUCCGACUUCAGCGUUGGCCUCCUAAGUGCCCUGUUGGCUCUUGAAGGCUUCUUCGCCACUGGCCAUAGGAUGAAGCUCAGCGCGCUCCCCAUCGAAGCUGGAUUCGUAGGUUUGCUAGAGUUUCACCCAGUAUUAUCGGUUGUAACGUCGUUCCUGCAUACGUACCUUGUCUACGUGAUAUGCUGCCCUCUCGUCUUCAUGAUUGCGUUUUUGCGCACGGCGAAUCUGGCAUAUGGCGGUGGCACUGAACGGAACCGUUGCGGAUCCACGGCUUCUGCCGUCGUGCAUUCCACGAUUUGGAUGGCAGCAAGACUUGCACUUGGGAUCCUCACUGGCAUCACUGUGAAACACCUGAUUUCCCUACUCUCGCUUAUUGUGCUUCGAAACCAUCUCUUCGUGCACGGUGAUGCAAAAACUCGCGUGCACGUUCUCGCCAUUUGGACUGCUGCAGAUAUGGGAAUUGUUCGCCCUAAACUGCCAAAGGUGCUCGACAUCGUGAAGGCAAAGCCUGCUGUCCCCCCCUCAGAACUCAUCCGGUGGGUGAACGUCAAAAACAGCACUCAUCAAGAUGCGUUCGUUCCGCCUCUCUUGUUCAAAUCGAAGGGAAUCGGGGGCCUACACAGCUACGGCGACGCUCAUGACCGGGAGCUCGUGUUCCGCAGCCUGAAGUAG